AGAUUUCUUGCGCAUUUAUGUGAUAAUAUGGAUUGCAUCGAUGCGUGCAUUAAUAUUAGCGAUUAUAGCGGUCGAUAUAAUUUUCUUAUUUUCUUAUAGAAUAAAAUAUCAAUACUUUUACAAUUAUUGUGAAACGUGCUAAUAGUAGUGUAUUUUAUUUGCUUAUAUCUAUAGGUAUACAUAUAUAUGUGUAUAGCUAGUGUCACAGAUGAUUUUUGUUGACAUCACAUGACAUACUAUACUAGAAUGUUGUUGACGUUCAUAUAUAACACUAGUUUGUUUACGUUUUUAUAAUAAAUAGACAAAUGAAUUAAUAUAUCAAAUCGUACUAAAUAAUGGCUGUUUCAAAUGAAGAUGAUGAUUUUUGGUACAGUAGCGAAAAACGCUCGUUUUGUUUUGAAAGUAGCGAGUCUGACAAUUUGUUUGGAGUCUCCAAGUCUGGUACUGCACAGUUGAGAGCUGGUAUUUCCAAUAUUCAAGUCACUGACAGUAGCCCAAAGUACGAUGAGCCACAAUGGAGUUCAAAACCACUUUUAUCAAUUAUUUCAGACAAUGCGCUUGCUAAAAUUCUUGAGGCAGACAAGUUGCAGUAUAUCCCAGAUGAGUCUUCUAGCAUGCAACCAGAUGUAACGUUAAAAAAGAUGUUAAUGGGUCAUGCACAUUCGUUGGAACAAUAUAAAUCCCUUGCAAGUAAAACUGCAUUGCUUGAUGCUGCAAUAAAGAGUGGAAAUGGAAAUGCUAUUUUGGGGGUAACAAUAUUUAUUAAAAGAACGUUAAAACGAAGUCUAGUUCAAAAAUUGUUGAUAGAGAGGCCAGAAGCUCUAUACACAUAUAUCAACUAUCUUUCUAAAAGAAUGUGCACUAGUGAAAUCUGUGAUUUACUUACUGCUCAGGGAAAAACAACAGAAGCAGCGAUCAAAUGUACAAGCAUAAUUGUAAAAAAUACAGACAAAGGAGAAGGAUCUAUAGAUAUAUUACUGACCAAGAUAACAAAGCACUGUAACAUGAUGUUCUCUAGUUUACCUGACUGUAGGGAAACAACUUUUGUUUGGUCUUGGGUCAGACUUUUAGAAUGGCAAAAGAAUGCACAUAACAAAUUUAGUGAGCCAUUGAAGUACAAUGCUUCUGCUUUGGAAUGCUUAAGGCUGGCUUGUAAAGAUUGUUGGGGUGCUCCUGAGAGUAGCACUCAUUCUCCACUCUGGCUGGUUCAAAAUCAAGAAAUUUCAUCUAGGCAGUAUCAAAAAAUAGCCAUUACCACCAGAGCAUCUGUUCAAUCCUGGGAUGACAUUGAUAAUUUACUUCAUAAAAAGGGUUGGUUGGGAGGAAAAAAACUUCAAACGAAUUUACCUAUUGAAGAAGUUUUAAAACUCUUGCAAGAUCAUCAAGCGCCUUCUGGUAUUAUUGAGAAAUUUCUUAAUUAUUUAGACAGUGGAAAAAGAUUGGAAGUAGCCAAAAAUCUCAAUUGUCAUAAGGCUGUUAUAAAUAUACUCGCUGCACAAGGAGACCGCACAGCUCUACUGGAGUAUAAAGCAAGUCUAAGGCCUCAGUCAGAAGAAUAUUUUUAUGCUGAAAGUGUCCUUUGUAGUCAUUCUGUAAGAUGGAGAAAUUAAACGAUGAUAUUAUAUUUUUGUAAAUAUAUUAUAUAUAAACAGUUACAUGGAUUUUCUUUCAUAAAAAUAAAAUCUAUUGUGAAAAUCAA